AUGGCUGAUGUAGAGUCGACUGACCAUACUAAUGGUGAUACACAUCAUGAAGAAUCAAACAAUGGUGAACAAGAAGAUACAACAAUAACAGAUAAUAAUAAUGAUGAAAUACAAUACGAUGAUGAUAAUAAUAAUAAUAACAAUGAAGAUAAUGAUGAUGAUAAUAAUGAUGAUGCAGAGGAAGAUGAUGACGAUGACGAUGACGACGAUGAUGAUGAUGACGAUGUAAACAUUGUACUUGACACAGAACAGGCUAAUAAGACAACAAAGUCCUCAAGUGGACCCAAGGCCGGAUUCCUGAGGAACCCAACAUCAAUCACGCCAGGCACAGGUGGCAAGUACUCACUGGUCAAGCAGGCCAACACUCAGUAUCAGGCCAACAGGCCGCAGAAGAGCAUCUACGACGUCAACCUCGACUCGCUCGAGGACAAGCCGUGGAACAAGCCAGGUGCCGAUAUCACAGACUACUUCAACUAUAACUUCACAGAGGAGACAUGGAGAAUGUACUGCGAGCGACAGAAUCAGCUGCGCGCCGAGCAGGCCAACCUGGGCAAGAUCAAGUCGUACGAGAGCAAGAACCAGGAUCACAAGAAUGAUCUGCCGCCCGAGUUCAUGAUGAUGGGCGAUCAGCAACAGCAGCAACAACAACACAACGAUAAGUCUCGCGACAUGGCCAAGCGCGGUGGCGGUGCCGGUGGUGGUGGAGGCGGGCCCAAGCGACAUGAUGCCUGGCCUCGCAUGGAGGAGAUGCCCCCACACAUGCGACCACCUCCCGGAGGACCGUACGGAGGCAUGCAAGUGCCAUACCCGCCUCAAGGCGGCAUCCCAGGCGACUUUGGUCCACCACCACCCCACAUGCGUGGAUACAGAGGAGGUGAUGGACGUGGAGGACACAUGCCACCCUACAUGGAGGGCGGAGCACCAAUGGAAGACAGACGUCGCGGUGGCGAGCGAGAGAGAGAUGGCGGACGUGAGCGCGACAGUGGACGAGGAGAGCGAGAGCGAGAGCGUGACAGAGAGAGCAGUGGCAACGUCCGCGAGAGAGACAGAGAAGAAAACAGUACCAGCACCAGUUCAACGAGCAGCAGCAGCGGCCAGAGAGAAAGAGAGCGUGACUACUCAUCAAGAGAAGAUCGACGUCGGAGCAGUCCCGAGCGAAAGGAUGACCGACGUAGGAGCAGUCCAGAUCGUCGUCGCGACUACCAAUCAUCAUCCUCAUCGUCCUCACGCGACAGUAGCGACUACAAACGAAAGAUGGACGACUAUCCCGAUGAAGAAAGGUCAAAGAGGAGAAGGUAA